CAACCGUCCAGCCAGACGCAGCAGCACCGGCAGCGGCAGCGGCUGUGUCGCUUCAUUUACUAUCGCGGCAGCCGAGGGGAGCAAGGAGAGAAAGGAUUUAUACGUCCUCUAUCCAAGCAUGGCUACCCAAAGCACGGCAUCGUGCACUGGAUCCACUCUGCUGCAGCCCAUCAGCGAUAUUAUCAACCUCCCUCUAGACCAGGUUAACUUUGUGGCAUGCCAGCUGUUUGCGCUGCUCAUGGCGGUAUGGUUCCGUCUCUACCUCCAUCCAAGUAAGACCAGUCCCUUUGUCAGACAUGUCGUGGCCACGCUGCUGGGCUUCUACUUGGCUCUUUUCUGCUUUGGCUGGUAUUCCCUCCAUUUCCUGGUGCAGAGCGGCUUGUCCUACAGCGUGAUCGUCUUUGCCGGCCUGGAACACAUGCACAAGUACUGCUUCAUCGUGACGCUCGGCUAUUUGAUCGUGUGUCAGAUCACACGCGUCUAUGUGUUUGAUUACGGGAUGUACUCUGCUGAUUUUACCGGGCCCAUGAUGGUGAUAACGCAGAAGAUUACAAGCCUGGCUUUCGAAAUACAUGACGGUUUGACCAAGCCAGAUGGACAGCUGACUCCAGGUCAGAAAUACCUUGCUAUCAGGCGGAUGCCCAGCCUGCUGGAAUACCUCAGCUACAACUGCAACUUCAUGGGCAUCCUGGCAGGACCCACCUGCGCCUACAACGACUAUAUGGCUUUCAUUGAGGGCACGUGCUACCAACCUCGACAUCAGGAGAACGCUAACGGAAAGGAAAAUGGCAAGCACAAGCAGAGCGAACCCUCGCCCAAGGAUGAUGUCAUCUCCAAGCUGUGUACAUGUGCCAUCUCUCUGGCCAUCUAUUUGUCACUGUGUAAACUGAUCCCAGUGGAACACUCCAUAGAUGAAAACUUCAUAAACAACACACCCUUCUAUCUACAAGUGGUCUAUCUUUACCUGGCCAUGCUGGCGCUCAGACCCAAGUACUACUUUGUCUGGACACUGGCCGAUGCCAUCAACAAUGCUGCUGGAUUCGGCUUCAAUGGUUACAACAAAGAUGGCACCGCGCGGUGGGAUUUGAUUUCCAACCUCAGAAUUCUGGACAUUGAGUUUGCCACCAGUUUCAAACUUUUCCUUGACAACUGGAACAUCCAAACAUCUCUUUGGCUCAAAAGGGUGUGUUACGAGCGCUGUCCCAUCAACCCCACGGCCGCCACCUUCCUGCUGUCAGCAAUGUGGCACGGCGUCUAUCCGGGCUACUACCUGACAUUCCUAACUGGUAUCAGCAUGACCAUGGCGGCACGUGCAGUAAGAUACAACGUGAGACCUUACUUUCAGGUCACUGACACAUACAAGCGCAUCUAUGAUGUCAUCACGUGGGCAUCGACUCAAGUUGCCAUCAGUUACACAGUGGUGCCCUUUGUCUUAUUGGCUGUGGGGCCCUCAAUCAAAUUCUACAGGUCCUGGUACUUCUGCUUACACCUUCUGUGUCUGUUGGUAAUCCUGGCCCUGCCCGUCCGAUCGCGACGUCGCGAAGCCAAGAGCCAACAGCAGAGUCCGCAACUGGACGGCGGCGCGGCAAACAACUGCAGCCAGAAAGACAAGAGCACAUGAGGCUAAGCAGAAGCUUUUGCGAGAUAAACUGGAGACCACUGAGAGCUGGAGUCUGUUUACGGACCAGGAACCAAAUAUUGGACGUGCUUGGACAGAACCUGUCGAUACUUCCAGUAACAAGCAAGACGGAGUGGUUGCAUUACAUUUAACUCACGGAAAAUGGAGAUAAACUGGAAUUCCAAGCUGCCUUAAACCCUCUAUGUACCUGGCAGGUGAAACAACACACUUGCUCUAAGAGUCAGUAUGUGGAGGGUUUUUGUCAUUGUCUGGAUACAAGCCUCUGUUAGGUGGAAACAUAACAUUUAUCAUCAGCUGCCAUAUUUCAACCAGGCCUUAGGAUCCUCAAAAUAUUCAUUUCACUCAACAGGGAGUUGGUAUUAAUAAUAAGUGUUUUGUAUUUUCACGUCUUGAAUGACACUUUUCCCCACGCAUUUUCUUUUGCAGAGAUUGGAUUUGAAUUUAGUAAAGUCCCAAAGAGGAAUUUCUGUAUUUGGCUUGAGCUUGACGGGUGAAUUAUUUUCUUUUCUCCUUUGAUUCAAUUCAAUGCGCUCCUGUGUUUCACACCACGUUAUUGCUCCGCAUCACCAAGACAUUAAAUAACGGAAAUGUAAAUAUUGCAUUUCCUUAAAUAAAUAGUGGCCUCUCAUUCAAUAGAUGCUAAUUAUACGUAUGGAUAUUGAAGUGUUCAGAUUGAUCAGAAAAACAGCGUUAAUGCACAUGAACAGUUUUACUGAUGAAAUAAAGCGGGCGUGUACUGUGGAA